CCCCCCCACACACACACACACACCAAAAGAAACCCCCCAAACAAGUGGCGUUUACGCAGCAGAGACGCACUGGAAGUGGACCCGGAUCAGGUCUUAUCCGGACUUGCACGCUGCGCAAAGAGGGCGCGUGCUGGAGACGCUUAUUUUUUGGUGCAGAAGUCUCAUCACUCGGGACGAGGAGUAAAUGGUUUCCUGUCGGACCCCCUCCCCCCCGUUCCCUCCCUCCCUGCUUCGUGUCCGCGGAGGUGAACCGGUGGUCCGUGUCCCUCAGCCGGAGACCCACUAAAGAGACAUCGUUAAAUCUUAAACAGCUGAUCGUUGUUCUUCUGUCAUGUCGCCUUCAACGGUGGAAACGUUUGGCCUCAACUCGUCCAACGCAGAGAGAUUUUCCUCCUCAGGAAUGUUAAUGCAGAAAAUCCAAACUCCUGCUCGGUGUUAAUACCCCUGAUUUACUGGUGAAGUAGAAGCGAUGGGCAGGAAGUUGGAUCUGUCGGGGCUGACGGAGGACGAGGCGGAACAUGUGCUGCAGGUGGUGCAGAGGGACAUGAAGCUACGCGAGAAGGAGGAGCAGCGCCUCAGUGAGCUGAAGCAGGAGCUGGAGGAGGAGGGCAGUCGCUGCCUCCUGCUGUCACGGCGGAGUUGCUUCAACCAGCGCUGCUGCAUCCGCUGCUGCUCGCCCUUCACCUUCCUGCUCAACCCCGGCAGACGCUGCCGCGACUGCGGCUACAACGUCUGCAAGGCCUGCAGGGUCUACAACCAGCGGGACAAAGCCUGGCUGUGCUCCGCCUGCCAGAAGAGCAGGUUGUUGAAGACACAGUCUCUGGAGUGGUUCUACACUAAUGUGAAGACGCGCUUCAAGAGGUUCGGCAGCGCCAAAGUGCUGAAGACGUUUUACAGGAAGCACUUGGCGGAGCGCAGCGCGCUUCCAGAGCUCACCGAGAGCAGCGCCUACGAGGACAGUAUCUGCAACGAGGGCAGCUUCUGUGGGAGCGACUCAACCUUCUACAGACAAACUAAAGAGCACAGCGUCGCCGAGACCAUCACUGUAGCCCUGCGGGUGGCGGAGGAGGCCAUUGAUGAGGCCAUCUCAAAGGCCGAGUUUGAUUCUGCCAGUCAGGAGAAGCAGAAUGAGGCUCACUAUCUGCGGGAGCACAGAGGAGAGCUCAUCGAGGAGCUGUCAAAGACUAUUGUGCAAAACAUUAUUAGCAGGAGGAAAACUUUGACCGAGAUGAGGGCGGAAUACGACCAGGAUUGGCCACUCGAAGACAACACUGACCUUCAGCACCGUCGUCAUCAUCAUCAUCAUCAGUCAGACUGUAAUCAAGCGUCCGGCUCCCUUAACCAUCAUCCAGAUCUCUGGAGGUCCCACAGUGCCUUCUCCCUGUUGGACAAUGACCCUUCAGGUCUCGUGAAGGACUCGUCACAGAUGGCCGCCUGGAAGAGCGUCGAACGGCUGGACAACGCCGGUGCGUACGGCGGCGUGUCCUCGGUGCUGAAGAGCCCGGACGGGAACUGGAUCGCCCUGCAGAGCAGCCAGCUGCCUCGGCCCAGCCUGCUGACCAAGAGGAAGAGCCUGGUAUUCAGCGCCUUGGAGAGAGAGUCCGAGGUGGCGUCCGCCUACGAGGGCAUGGACUCCGACAGCGGAACCGAACCGGAGCACGGCACGCGGCUCGGGACGCCGCCGCCGCCGAAGGGCCGCAGGGGGGAACUCUUCUCGGACCCCGAGGGGAGCUGGAAGCCCAAGAAGCCCCCGCUGGCUCGGCUUAAGGGGAAGGUGCCCCCGGAGAUCGGGCGGCCUUCAUCCUCCUGCAGGACCAGCAUCGUCGACGUGAACUUUAACGUGGAAGGAGCCAAAGCGGAGCGAAGGGGGGCUGGCAGGUCCGACGUGGGUAAAGCCCGGAGGUCCCGGAAGAAAAAGAGGGGCAAAAAAGGGUCGUCUUCUUCGAUGCUGGAUUGCAGGGAGAAAGACAAUCAUUCCCAGCAUUCGUCUGAUGCUGCCACACCGGACACCGUGACCUCCGGAGCCACGACCCCUGAACCUUUUUACCUGGAGAGUGACCUCACAGCGCAUGAAGCCAAGCAGCUGGAGGAGGAGGAGGUCACGCUAAAAACGCAACAGCCAGCAGGCCGAACAUCUGACUCCUCAACCGGAGGCGGAGCAGAUGCUGAAGUGGGAGGUGUUAAUGAAGACGGACAGAGGGAGGAAAACGGCCAAGGACACAAGGACAGAGGAGAAGGAGAUGAGAGGCCUUGGAGGAUGGAGAUUGACUUGAAUGAAGGGAGAACCGAGGAAGAGGAUGUGGAUGAAGAAAUGAAACACAGGCUGUACAGGCUCAUCGAACAUUCCAGACUCGCCUACCUGUCGACCGAUGACGACUUGGACAGAGAAGACCAGAGUGAAGGAGAGUGGGAAGGAGACGAGGAGGUGGGAAAGACGGGCGGACUUACUUCUAAGCUCUGCCAGCUCGAAGAAGAAGUCUGGGCAAACCAGUUCUCCUCCACAGAGGACGAGUUGGACAAAGUUGGCGUCGCUGAUGAAGAGAAGACGGGUCAAGAAGAAGAAGAGGAAGAGGAGGAGGAGGAGCUAGCAUCAAAAGUGUGCAGAUUAGCCGACCAAGCCAACGCCACGCAGUUUUCAUCCACGGAGGACGAGUUGGACCGAGCGAGUGGAGGCGAAGAGGAGGCGAUGGAGGAGAAGCUGUGGAAACCUCAGGCGGAGGAACGAGUCGAGGUCGCUCAGCUGCGCGAUGUGGCCAGUUUCAUUGGUGCUUCUCAUCUCCGAUCCACUGAGGACAAGCCCGAUGGAGAGAAGCAGGAGGAAAUGAAUGAAGGAGGAAUUGAGAGGGAGGAAGCAGUAAGAAGGGUUUGGGUUAGGAGAGAAUCAUUUAGAGACUUGGAUGAAAAUAUGUUUUAUUUAAGGGAGGAAGUAAAGACAGAGAGCUGUGAUGUUGAACACGUCCUGCAGGACAAAACGGUGGAAGAGGAAAAGAAAGAUUGCAAAGUAGAGCUUUUGAAAAAAGCUGUGACUAAAACAACUAAAGCGAAAAGACAAGCGAUGCCGUUAGAAAAGGUGGUCCAAGCAAAGACAACAGAGGAGUUAAUGUCUUCAGACGAGACAAAAGGCCAUCAAGAAAGUCGGCCUGAGACAAAGUGUCCGGACAAGCAAGAAGGAGAGAGACAAGAAGAAAGUACGAUCGGAGGGAGUCGGGAAACAGCAGAAGACAGUGAGGAGGAAGACGCAGAGUUCGACCGAAUAAUUCGCAGUAUGUUGUCGAUGACUUUGGCGGACAUGCAGAUGGAGGCGUUUAAGGAUGAAGGUGCAGAAAGUAGGAGCAUAGGUAGAGAAGCAGAAGAAUUGGAGACGAGUGAACCUGUAGAAAUUGAGAACACCGUCGAAAGCACAAAUGCAUCAGAGGAAACAGGAAGUGGAAAGAAAUGUAAAAGUCGAGGCGAUGACGUAACGGCGGAGUCGGCUGUGGGAGGAAGAACAGGAGGAAUUGUGGGUGAGCGAAUAGGAGUAGAUAUCUACCAGAAUAAGGACACAAAGGAAAAUGAGCGCCGGGAGGCAGAUAGAGAUGCGGCAGAAAAAAUAAAUCUAGAAAUGCACCAGACUCUCGCAGCGAAACAGCUCAAACGACUCGAAAUGGAUGACGACAAACAAGAGGAGAGCAAAGUCAACGAGUGGAAACUCUGUAAAGAAACCAAAGAAAACCUGGACGUUGUGCAGCAAAGCACGUCGGCUCCACGGGGGGGGUUGCUGUCACCUGAGGAGAUUCAAAAUAGAUACUCGGCGGUGUCUCUGCGCAGCAUCACCACGGAGGUCCUGAAGGUGCUGAACGCCACUGAAGAGCUGCUGCAGGGGGGAGAGGGAGGAGGCGGCCCCCGCCUCCACAAUAAUGUGCUGCCCCCCCACACGGAUCCAAAGAAACUGGAUCAACAGUUCUGUAGACUGGAGGAAAAUGUGUACGUGGCGGCCGGGGAGGUGUACGGUCUGGAGGCGGAGCUCAGCGACCUGGAGGAAUGUGCUCGGGACGUCUGCAGCGCCACGUCGGACAUGGAGCUGUCCUACCUGGAGGAGCAGGUGGCAUCGGCGGCUGCUAAGGUUCAACAGUCUGAGCUGCGGAUUGGCGACAUCUCUGCCAGAAUCGCCGCUUUGAAGAGCGCAGGCCUCAAUGUGGACACACAACGCUCGCGCUUCACUAAGAGCGUUCCAAUUAUGGUACCGGUAUGCAUUAAUAUUGUUACUACCAGUCUUAUGUCUAGAAACAAUUUUUCAAAACCUGAGUUUGACUUAUUACAGCCCGUCACUGUGGAGUCAUCAAAGCAGUCGAGGAGGCGAUUACCUGCACCGCCAGUAAAAGGUGAGCACAUACGUGUACAAUCAUAUGCAACAUACUAUCUGAAUUUAUGGCAUUAUACUGAAACGUCACAAAUGUACAGAAAAUAAAACCACGAUUAACUUUUUUACACUAACAUGUAAUCCAGCAUAAAACACCUAUUUACAUCACUAAUUUAUUCAAUAUUCACUCAUUAAAAGAAGUGCAAUUUGAUUGAUUCUCUUUCAGAAGACACGAUCUAAUCAAAGCGGGACCGUUAAACUUCACCAUGGACGUGCCUUGACCGCGAAACUACAGACCAGUAUUAAGAUGAUCCAUCGGUUUGCCUCUUUAAAUUAUAAACUGCCUUAAAUACAAAUUGUACAGCUUGUACGGUACGUGAGUGAUUCUCAUGUUUUCUUGUGGAAGUGUGCAGUAGAUAAAACUACUUUUAAUCAGGUCAAAUUCAACCAACAUUUGAGGUAAAAGAAUAAAAAAGAUGAAGCUGGUGAAACGAUUACAUAGUAUUUUAGUUACAACUUGUCUGUAACAUUAGUUCAUUUAACCGGCACUGUUUUUACCUUUACAUCUGAACGUGAUGAGACCAUAUCAUGUUAAAAAAAGAGUUGUAUUUUCUGUUUGUUUUGCUGUACAUUUAAGAUAUUACAAUCAUUACAUUUGUCUGUUUAUAUUGAGUCCAAGACAGUUGAUCCACUGUGGACCCAGUCUGCCCUCAGAUGAAGGUGGGUGUGACUGAGGAAUUUAGUUUGGCUUUUUCAGAUGAGGAAAUGACACUCGGAUAUGACAUUCCUCUUUGAAGGAUGUGUGGGAUCCUGUGUGGGAACACAUAAGCCUGGAAAAUAACAGCCCUCAAAACAAACACCCAGCUUUCACCUCUUCCUCUCGGUUGACCUGAACAUUUCCACAAAGGUUUGGUGUUUUUACUCUGAACACUCAAAAGAUCUUGAGCAGCGGCUGAAUGAAAAAUAAAGUCCUCCUGGAAUAUG